GAAAGCAUUAUUGUGACUGAAAAACCCAAUGCUCAAUACGGACAUAAUCCAUACGUGCUAAAUUUGGAAGAAUGCGGUGAACCUGGUGAAUACAUACACUUUACUCGCAAAUUCCUAGUAGGAGAUAAAAGUACCUUUGGAAAACCACAAGCGUUUAUGCUUCAUUUAUUUGGUCAUCUUUUAUAUGGUCUUCGAGAUGAAUUCGGAAAUGCUUUCGAUCAUCAGAGGCAUAUUAUGUUAAUGCUGGAAACAAAAUGUAGCAAGAGUAUUCUAGUUGAAACGAUUGAUAGUAAAGGCAAAGAGUGUCAAGUGACAGAUAAAUGUCUAAAAGUUCCAGAAAACUGCAAACUUAAGAUAAAGGCAGAUGAUUCGGCAAGCGCGAUGUAUUAUCCAUUUAGUGGGGCUACGAAAUUUUGUGAUGAUUCUGAAGACAUUCCAGAAAAUGAAAGACAUAAUUCAGAUGCUCCAACACCUCAAAACUAUUUCUGUGAUGGAAAAAGUGCUUGGGAGGUUUUGAGGGAAUCGGAUGAUUUUAGAAACGGCAACAAUCCACCAAUUGCUCAACAAGGAAAUAUCAAUUUGAGGCCAAAUUUCCAUUUUUACCGAGAAACUUCAGACACCCUAAAUAUUGUACUGGUUCUUGAUGUUUCAGGCAGUAUGGAUAAAAUACCAGAUGGGGGCGUAAAUCCCCUACGACAGAUUGUAUAUUCAGCCUGCAUCGAGUACAUAACUGAUUAUGUCGUUCCUGGUGAUCGCAUUGGUAUUGUACGAUUUAAUAAUCGCCACAGAGUCUUACAGAGUUUAAUAACUGUAACAAGUGCGAAUAAACCAGGAAUCCUAGAGAAGGUUCCUAAUUAUGCCUCUGGUGGAACUUCCAUCAUGUAUGGAGUAAAAGGCGGAGUAGAGACUUUACGUGAUGCUGCUCGGGGAGGUAUUUUAAUACUCAUGACAGAUGGAGAAUCCGACGAUGACGACUUACAACGAGCGAAAGAAAUUGCCUACGAUUCAGGCGUCACUGUUUACAGCAUCAUGUUAACAAGACAUGCAACUCCUUUUCUAAAGGCUAUAGCAGAUGCAACAGGUGGACAAACUUUUACGUAG